GAAGUCCCUAACAGUCUGUCAACGUUCUCCAGGAACACAACUGUCCACUUCACGCACUAGCAGUACUCAGCAGACACAGGCAGAGCCAUGGCGGUGUUGGCUGUAUUGCUACUGGUGUUCCUGGGAACCUCGAAUCCCACGCGAGCAGCGAGAUUACUCGAAGUUCUUUUCGAGUGGAAGGAUGUGGAGUUCGCAUUUCCUAGUCCGUCCGCUAGAGAAGUGUUGAUCAAGACGAGAGCUUAUAUUCCGGGCAAUUCCUUUCCCAUAGAUGUGGACGCUUGGCAGCAGGGUUCAGCCGAGAGCGAAGUGUUCGUAACAAUCCCGCGCUUCAAGCCUGGGGUACCCGCAACACUCACCACAGUGGUCCAGACCGAAAAUGGUCAGCCCUUGCUGCUACCGUAUCCAGACUGGAGUUGGCACAGAGAGGGUUCCUGUGAGGGCAUUACUUCCGUGUUCAGAGUUCAGAUUGACCCAUGUGGCCGGUUAUGGGUGAUAGAUUCCGGUACAGUCAAUAUCUUGUCCAGUGACGUCAAAAGAAUCUGCCAGCCGCAACUUCUUGUAUUCAACCUGAAGAACAAUAGGCUCCUACUGCGCUAUCGAAUACCUGACAGCGUCCUUCGGGAACAUUCCAUCCUGACCACAGUCGCUGCCGACAUCCUCGAUGUAAAAGGCCGUUGCCAGGAAGCUUUCGCCUACAUAGCUGACGUCACUGGCUUCGGCCUAAUUGUUGUUGACGCGCAUCGAGAGAAAUCAUGGCGAGUAACCAGUAAUUACUUUUACCCUGACCCUCUGAAUGGACACUUCAAUAUUAACAACGAACAGUUUGACCUGAUGGACGGCGUACUUGGUCUAGCGUUGUCUCCAGCUCAGAACGGCAAGAAGGACAAGACACUGUACUUCCACAGCCUGGCGGGUGUCCGAGAGUCUUGGGUAUCUGCAGCACUUCUGCGCAACGAAUCUAACUUCGAAAAUAACAACAAUGCUGUUGCUGAUAAGUUCUACGUUUCUCAAGGCACUCGGCCAGGACAGUCAGCUGCUUCUACGAUGGAUGGUGAGGGCGCUGCUCUAUUCUUCAGCGUUCUCACCAAGAAUUCACUCAACUGCUGGAACCCAAGAUUGCCCUACAAUGAAAACAACAUUGUGGAGCUCGACCGAGAUGACGUGACAUUUCAAUUUGCCAGUGGUCUGAAGGUGAUUCGUGACCGCUCAGGCAAGGAGUGGAUAUGGGCGCUCACGUCCAGGUUCCAGAACGUCAUGGUAAGCAAGGUAAAUCCGGAAGAGGUAAACUACAGGAUCCUGCGAGCGCCGGUCGCGGAACUCGUCAAGGGCACCAGUUGUGCAGCCCAGAGAUCUGCGUCCUACUUCUCUAUGGCGCAGGCCAUCGGGGGCAACUCACACAAACCCGGUUCCGCGUCACUAUUGUUCCAUUAAUACAGACUUUAAGAGUUAACCGAGCAAAUAACCAGGAAGAAGCAGGCCGCAAGCAGAACCUACUACUGUUAGGAUAGCACAGUGGAUCCACUCGGCUUACGUGUAUAUUUACACCAACUGUACGGUACGCUAAUUGUGACUAUGAACAGAGCCUGAAGAUGGCACACAUGUGCCAAAAGAUUUCGUCUCAGACAGCAACCCAACGACCGUUGGUGAGGAAACAUUUCAGGAAGCCAUAACAAAGUCUGCCUCCUGCUUUUUCUGGCUACCUUCUUGGCAUACCCUUCAAUCUUAAAGAAUGAGGCAGCGUGUUCCUCCGAAACGUCGGUGAACUUCAAACGAACCACGCGGUAUUUUAUCCCAGAAGAUAGCAAGUACUCUACUAGCAAGCUUUUCUUCAGCACAUUGUGUGGUAUGUCUCCAGGUGAUUAAUUCGUCUACUGGGUUAGAGAUUGUGAAUAUUACGCCAAGCAAUAACAUUGACCUCUAGGAGAUGCAAGCCUGGAAUCUUUGCAACAAUAAUUUGUCGAUUUUAAUUUAGUACUUAUGCAUAUAAACAUGAAAUAUACAGAAAACUAAUAAAAUGUUUUAGUAUUUAUGUGUA